AUGACAAAAAAGCGCACGAGAGAUAGCAAGUCCAUGAUGAGUGAGUUCAAAGGAGGAGAUCUGAACAAGUACACGGCGAAGACUUAUGCCAUCCAGAACGGUAACGAAGUUUUCGGUGGUGAGUUCAUGCUGAUUUGCACUGCGUAA